AUGAUCACCAGGAUAUCGCAUCGUCAUUUCACGGCCUUGGCCCAGCGCCAGGCGACAGCACUGCAGAGCUCCAUUUUGCGGGAGUCUCUCCCAGCGCGGAGAUUGCUCGCGACAACGGCCCCAAGACGCCAACAACCCCCAAAGACUUACUUCGACGACGGCUCCCAGCCAAAGCCCUACUUCACCGAAGAGUCCAAACCCAAGACAUAUUUCACCUCUGAGUCGACAACCGAACCCCCAGUAAAAACCUACUUCUCCGACACCACACCCUCUCCCCAAGCCCCCGUACAAACCUACUUCACCGAUUCCUCACCCGUCCCCCCAACUGCCCCCCCUCAACUAGACCCAGCCGCCGAACCCAAACCCAAAAAGAAACGCCGUCUCCUUCCUCGCCUCCUCUUCGCCGCUUUCUUCACCACCCUAGGUGCAGCCGUUGGCUGGGCCGCGCUAAACAUCGUCAUCCCCGCGCCGCCCGCCGAACCCGAUUCCCCCUCGCGACAUCUCGAAUAA